AUGGAAUGGUUUUGGAAUUCAGUGAAUAUGCUGAAUGUUUCUGUCUCAGUUGUUUUUCUUCUUCUUGUGUUGCUAAGCUUGGUCAAGGCCAGGAGUGCCUCUUCAAAAAAACUACCACCAGGGCCAUCAGGAUGGCCCAUAGUUGGCAACCUGUUCGACCUUGGUGACUUACCACACCAGACCCUGUACAAGCUCAAAAGCAAAUAUGGCCCUGUUAUUUGGCUACAACUUGGUUCAAUCAACACCAUGGUUGUACAGAAUGCCACUGCCGCCGCCAUACUUUUCAAGAAACACGACAUUGCUUUCUGUGACCGCAAGGCUCCUGAUAUGCUAACUGCUCCUGAUAUGCUAACUGUCUUCGAUUUUAACCGGGGAACACUAGGUAUGAACACUUACGGUGGCUACUGGAGGGCGCUGAGGCGGAUAUGCUCCAUGGAGUUUCUGGUUAGCAAACGAAUGAAUGAGACGAUUGACCUUCGAAGGAGGAUCAAGGACAACAUGGUCCGGUGGAUUGAAGAGGAUUCAGCAGCGUCGCGUGCGCGGGGAGGAACUGGGGAGGUGCAAUUGAGUCGGUUCCUCUUUCUUAUGGCUUUCGAUAUUAUUGGCAACCUCAUGCUGUCAAGAGAUCUGUUAGACAAUAAGGACCCUGAAGGGGGUGAGUUUUUUGAUUCAAUGAAUGUCAUGUUGGAGGUUUUGAGGACACCUAAUGUGGCCGAUUUUCUGCCAUUCUUGAAAAGGAUCGACCCACUGGGGAUGAAGAGGAGUAUGAUUAGGAACAUGGCGAAAACAAUGAGGAUAUCGUCCCGGUUUGUCCAGGAGAGGAUUCAAAAGAGGAAAGAAGGAAAAGUUGAGGGAAAGAAAGACUUCCUAGAUGCCUUGCUGGAGUAUGAAGGUUAUGGAAAAGAUGGGCCUGUUAGGAUUACAGAGAAGAAUGUGAACAGUGUCAUAAUGAUUUUUGAUAGGCUUCAAAUUCACUAA